GUUUGGACACCAUGGAAGACACUAGUUACGAGAGAAACUAUACAAACAUUACUGUUGUUAGAUAUGUCAGUUCGAUGUAUAAUCUGAGUCAAGAGGAUAGCAACUGGAUCGUCACGAGCUCCUUUAUGAUCUUUACGAUGCAGACAGGUUUCGGCAUGUUGGAGUCCGGUUGCGUCUCCUUGAAAAACGAGGUCAAUAUCAUGAUGAAGAACGUGGUCGAUAUUGUGCUAGGCGGACUGACCUAUUGGUUCUUUGGAUUCGGAUUCAGUUUCGGCUUGAAGGAGCCCAACAACCCCUUCGUCGGCAACGGAGGUCUGUUUAUAGAUCCUCCCAUCGAAGACGAACACAUGGGUGCGAUUUGCGCCGCGUUCCUGUUUCAGCUGAGUUUCGCCACCACUUCGACGACCAUCGUCAGCGGUGCUAUGGCCGAACGGUGUAAUUUCAAGGCCUAUUGCCUAUUCUCGUUUCUCAACACUAUCGUGUACUGCUUGCCAGCCGGCUGGGUCUGGGGUGAUCACGGUUUCCUGAAUCGCAUGGGAGUCGUCGAUAUCGCUGGCUCGGGACCGGUCCAUCUAGUCGGCGGUGUUUCAGCGCUCGCUUGCGCCAUCAUGCUCGGUCCCAGAAUAGGCAGAUAUGACAAUGGCAUCGAUCCUCUGCCGCUCGGAUGUCCCGUCAAUGCGAUCAUGGGACUGUUUGUCUUAUGGUGGGGCUGGUUGGCCUUCAACAGCGGUAGUACUUAUGGGGUGACCGGCGAACGAUGGCAGUACGCCGCCCGUGCAGCAGUUUCCACAAUGAUGGGCAGCAUGGGAGGCGGUAUGGUCGGGCUGGGAUUCAGCUUGACAAAUCCGAACGGAAUCGACAUCCUCAGCCAGAUAAACGGCAUCUUAGGCGCACUUGUGGCGAUUACCGGUGGUUGCUUCUUAUAUACAGCUUGGGAAUCGAUAAUCGUCGGAAUGGUAGGCGCUUUUAUUACGUGCACCGUGAUGCCGGCGUUAGAUAAGAUUCGCAUAGACGAUCCUGUGGGAGCAGCCGCCACUCACGGUGCAAGUGGCAUCUGGGGAGUCGUAGCUAUCGGCUUGUUUGCCGACGAUCCAUACCCCCUUGACACUACCAGUGGAAGAAAGGGUUUGUUCAAGGGAGGUGGGUGGUAUCUUCUAGGAGUACAGAGCUUGUCCGCACUCUGCUUAUCAGCUUGGAGUUUUUUCAGUUCGAUCAUAUUGUUAUGGAUCAUAGACAAGAUUAUACCGAUUAGAAUGUCGGUCUACGAGGAGGUUCUCGGGGCGGAUCUCGUGGAACAUGGGAUACGUCAUACGAAGAUAGGCGUUAGUCGCGCCAUGUCGGCGUUUCGACCAUUCAGUAUGGAAAAGAGACUGAGGGCGGUACAUCCUGUGGGCAUAAAUCCCGGUCACGAUUCCUACGUUUCUCAGUUGAAGCUCAAGAAAGCUGAAAAUUUUGCAAAAUCUGCUAAACGACAGUCGUCGAAGAAGCUGGUGACGAGGAAUUCUCAGAUUAAAACGAUCGCUGGCUCGGAGCUGUCCACAGAGGCGAAAUUGCCGUUCGCCUGGGUGAAUUGAAAAAAUUAAAGCAAACACGGGAGAACAACUCGCUACAAGAUUUAUAUUAAUACUCAGUCGGAUGUAAAUUUAUUACAAAUGUAUAAACGUAUACAUGUGCACGUUCUACAUAUAUUUCAAUGUUCACACAUUCACGCCAAUAAAUAUCGAUCAUACACACAUACGCGCACAUACACACGACAUAGAGAUAAAAAAUGGAUAUGAUAAAUAGGUCAGAAAGAAAUUGAACUUUUACAUGAUAAAAGAAAGAAACGUUUUACACGAUACAUUGUCUGUGGCACGGGCAUUGUUUUCGGUUUAAUAGCUAAUCGUCCGUGGCACUCGACGACAAAGUGCUUAUAUAUUAAUUAUGCAUUAUUCAUAGGAAAUAAAAUAUUUCUAUAAAUAUUUAUAUAUUCUCUAUCAAUAGCUUUAUAUGCCGGAAAUGAUUAUAUCGAAAAUGUUCUACUUCGUAUAUACGUCUGUUAGCAGGAACUGUCCCUGAAGACCAACCACAUUUAGUACAUAUUCACAAAAUACCAUUUCCUUUUACAUCAGACCUUGCAUAUUAUAAGAAUAUUUACAAUUUCAUUAUUCUUUCGUG